GAUCCGUUUCCAGUGUCGAGACUAGAAGGCUCCCCUACGAUAUUCUUGAUCUAUGGUUCCAUCUGAUGCUCCCUCUCAUCAUAAUAUGAGAGAGAAUCCUCGAAAUCCUUACCGUCCGAACCCACAAGAAGAAGAAGAAGAAGAAGAAGAAGAAGAAGCAGCAGCAACAGAAGAUCAGAGGCUCUCUCUUUGCGACCUUCCACUCAAUCCCAAAAACGGCAGGGGCGACGACAACAACACCGAAAAUGAUUCCAAACGCUUCACCAACCACUCUCCACGAUCGCACUCUGAGCCCCCGGCCGAUUUCUUCGAGUUUUUCAGCGACCUCAGCUCCGACAUGUGUCCAGCCGACGACAUCUUCUUCUGCGGCAAACUCAUACCCUUCAAAGAACAGUCCCCUCCCACUACUCGUCAAACCCCCAAAAUAUCAACCACGGAAAGAAACUAUAUAAAACAAACCCAUUUCCGCCGACGAUAUUGCCAGCCAUUGUCCAAGCUACAUUGCCCCAUAACUCGUUCCAACAGCAGUAGUAGCACUAGUAAACUCAUGACGAGGAACAGUCACGCUUUGGAUUAUAGGAAGCUCCACCGAAGAUCACACUCCAUGAUAUCUCCAACGCCUGAAGUAGAACGGAAUAUAUCUGUAAAGAGCCUGGGAAGGUCCGAUACGGCUCUUAAAACGGCGGCAAAGCCUCGGUGGUACUUCUUGAUGUUUGGAAUGGUGAAGUUUCCGCCUGAGAUGGAGCUUGGUGAUAUGAAGAACCGGCAGGUUCGGAGGAAUCGUCCUUCGACGCUUUUUCCGGCUCCGCGUGACGUUCACGGGAAGCUGCCAGUGCGCCGGAGCUCCAGUAAGGGGUUCUGGAGGUUGCUCAGAGCAUUGAGCUGCAAGGACCAUUCCAGUGUGGCAGUAACGGCGUCGUUUUGCUUUCCCCAUGUGUGAUUUUCGUGACAAGUUUACCCCUUGCUAGAUACAGCUUAUCGUUUUGCCACGGAUGUGAUGUGUAGGUAUUUUGGUAAAAUAGAAAAGUUGGAAUUGUCUCUACUACAAUUAUGACUUCACGUAGAAGGAACAAUCUUGUACAAUGCCGGACCAUGGUUGUUUGGUGGUGGGGCAUAGAAAUGAAUGAAAAUCACGAGAAUCCCGACCCUGACAUUAU